CUUUGAACUGAACUGAACUGUGUGAUUUCCAUAAAGUUUUAGCUUAAAGUUGAUAAUCGCGAUAUCAGUUUUAUAAUAGGGUGAUUAAUAUUUUCUGUAAGGGAAUCUGACUGAAAUGUUGAAUUAAAAAGAAAUAUUAAAAAGCUAACUUCAUUAACCUUAAAUAUUGUAUUAUGACUCAUCUGCAGUGUGUAUUUUAUUUGAUUCGCAAGAACGAAUAGAUUUCGAUUUCAUUUAUAUGUUAUUUAAACACAAAAAUAUGUCUGACAUAUCUGACGCUUUAUCGAAGCUUUCCGUUGAAAGCAGUACAGAAAUUAAACCAAGAACUGGACUUAUAUUCGAUAAUCGGAUGUCUGAACAUUGCUGUUUAUGGGAUCCGAAUCACCCCGAAAAUCCACAACGUUACUUACAUGCUCUUAAACGCUGUGAAGAAUAUAAUCUAAUUAGUAAGUGUCUGAUUAUAUCUCCUAGAUUUGCUACUGAAGAGGAACUAUUAUUUGGACACAGUAAGGAAUACACAGAUUUGAUAAAAAAUUCAAAGUGUGUUAACAGUAUAGCCGAACUCGAGGAACUGUCAUCUAAGUUUGAUUCUAUUUAUUUCCAUCCUAAAACUUACGAAGCUGCAUUAUUGGCUGCAGGAUGCACCCUUGAAUUGGUCACUGCUGUAUUAAAAGGAAUUGUAGCAAAUGGCUUAGCAAUUGUUAGACCUCCUGGCCAUCAUGCUAUGGUACAAGAAGCAUGUGGAUACUGUUAUUUUAAUAAUGUAGCUAUAGCUGCAAAGUAUGCACUUAGUAAAUUUAAUUUAAAAAAAAUAUUAAUCAUUGAUUGGGAUGUACAUCAUGGCCAAGCAACUCAACAAUAUUUUUAUGAUGAUCCUAGAGUUUUGUAUUUUUCAAUUCACAGAUACCAGCAUGGAGAAUUCUGGCCUCAUUUAAGGGAAUCAAAUUUUGACUUUAUUGGUGGUAAUUUAGCACGAGGAUUUAAUAUUAAUGUACCUUUGAAUGCUACUGAACUUGGUAGUACAGAAUAUCUUGCUAUAUUCAAUAAUAUUUUAUUACCUAUUGCAUACGAGUUUUGUCCAGAAUUAGUUUUAGUGUCUGCUGGUUAUGAUGCUGCAGUUGGUUGUCCUGAAGGAGAGAUGAAAGUGACUCCUCAGACUUAUCCACAUUUUUAUAAUUCCAUAUCUAGUCUUGCAAAUGGUCGUAUCUGUGUUAUUCUUGAAGGUGGCUAUUUUCUGCCAUCUUUGUCUGAAGGUGUUGCUUUAACUCUUAGAGCUCUUAUUGGAAGUCCAUGCCCAAUUAUUUCUCCCUGUUCUAAAAUAAAUAAAAGUGCAGUAGAGACAAUAUUAGAUGUGAUAUCAGUGCAUCGGCCAUUUUGGGAAAGUAUCAGAUUUCAGAAUGCUUAUGAUGUUUACGAUGAUGAUGAUGAUGUUGUAAAACAUGUUGUUUGCCCUAAAUAUGCUGGCAAUCCUCUUAAAGGAUUAACUGUAUUUCCAACUCGGGACUGUUAUCCAGUGAGAGAUCCUCAUAUUGUUAAAAUUUUAGAAUCGGAGGUUGAGCAUCUGAUCCGAAAUACUGAUUUAUCUGUGCCAGUUCAUCGUACGUGCUUAAUAUUUGAUCCAAAGAUGACACAACAUGUAAAUAAAAGAGAAAAGAAUCAUCCUGAGAAAGCUGAACGUGUGAUUAAAAUUUAUAACAAAUUGCUGAGUCAUGGUCUUAUUAAUAAGUGUUUGCUUUUAGAGCCCCGUGAUGGUAAUGAAGCAGAAUUAGCUUUGGUUCAUGAUCCUACAUACAUCAACAGCAUAAAAUCAACAUCUACAAUGUCAUAUCGAGAUAUUGCAAAGUUAGAAAAUGAAUAUGAUUCUGUUUAUAUCUGUCAAGAAACCUAUGAUGCAGCAGUUGCUGCAUGUGGUAAUUUGUUGCAAACUGUUGAUGCUGUAGCAAAGAGAAUAUGUCAAAAUGGAUUUGCAUUAAUCCGUCCACCAGGGCAUCAUGCUGAUGCUCAGAAUGCAAGCGGGUUCUGUAUAUUCAACUCUGUUGCCAUUGCAGCUAAAUAUCUUUUAACCCAAUACAAUAUGCAGAGAAUCCUAAUUGUAGAUUGGGAUAUCCAUCAUGGGAAUGGAACUCAGCGAAUUUUUUAUGAUAAUAAAAAUGUCUUGUAUAUAUCUCUGCAUUUAUAUGAUGGAGAUUUUUUUCCUGCUUCACCAGAAGCUGAUUUUGCUGCUGUUGGCAGUGGUGAAGGGGAAGGAUAUAACAUUAAUAUACCAUUCAGUUGUGUUACAGGUAAUGGUGAUUAUUUAUCAGCUUUUUUUCAUGUAAUACUGCCUAUUGCCUAUGAAUUUUGUCCUGAUUUUGUGCUUGUAUCUGCUGGGUUUGAUGCAGUUCAGGAUGAUCCUCUUGGGGGUUGUUAUGUUACACCACCUUGCUUUGGUGUUAUGACAAAACUUUUGAGCAGUUUAAGUGGUGGUAAAAUUGUUUUAGCUUUGGAAGGAGGUUAUAAUGUAGAAAACACUUCAGAAGCAGUUUUCCAUUGUGUCAGUUCAUUACUUGGAGAAAUUCCCAUGUCCUUGCCACCUGCAAAACCAACACUGAAUGCUAUUAGAACAAUACAAAAUGUUAUAAAAGUUCACAAGAAAUACUGGAAAUGUUUAGAAUUUGAUGUGGAAGUACCUGAUGUAAUAAGCCCAAAUAUUUUAUGUGAUAUUCCAAGUGAAGUAUUGGGUAACAAACCUUUACGAACGAGUGAUCCUGUUGCUAUACCUAGACGAGAAGAUGAACUGGAAUGCGCUGAAAUAUUAGAUUGUGAAGGAGCUGAAGGUAUAUCUAAUGAAAUGACAUACUAUUGUGUCACACCUUUGGAAUAUUGUCCUCAUUUAGAAUUUCUCCAGCCAAUUCCAACCGAGGGCUUAAAUCCCUUUGCUAUUUGUCAAGCAUGUAAUGAUCCAAAUGAAAACUGGGUUUGUCUCCAUUGUUAUCAAGUAUACUGUGGAAGGUUUAUCAAUCAACAUAUGCUUCAACAUGGUAUGGAUAUGCAGCAUUAUCUCACUCUUAGUUAUUCAGAUAUAUCUGUUUGGUGCUAUGGAUGUGAUGCUUAUAUUCAUAAUGACACACUAAUGCCUAUUAAGGAAUAUGUAUGUAAUAAGAAAUUUAAUUAAUACUGUGUGUAAUAAAAAUAUGUGUUUGUUACAGUGUUGCUGAUUUCAAAAUAUGUACUUUAUUAGCUCAUAUCAUAUCACUAGCUGAGUUGUAUCAAAACCUUUAAGAAAAGUGAAAGUUUAAUUAAAUUCUAAUGUUGCAUUUGUUUUGUAUUGCUAACUUUAUGUCUGUCCUAAGCACUUAUUUUAUAAAACAUAAAUAGCUAACAUUUUUAAUGUAGUCGAGUAUUAUAUUUAUCCAUAAUAACAUUGCAGUAUUUAAACAAGAAUGAGAUGAAAUAAAUAAAUGUAUAUUGUAAAGAUUAUAUAUUUUUUAAAAAUUGUCUUUCAUGAGAGGUAAGAAAUAAAAUUUAAUUUAUAAUAAAAUCUGAUACUUUUCUGUUAUCUACCUGCCACACAAUUUCAUGUUAUUUUUGUGAUAAUAUGUGUGUGUUUAAUUCUUGUUUACAUAUAAUCUCCAGAUGUUUUUACAGAUGAUUGCUGCAUGUGUUGUGCUUCUCUUUCACAGGUGCCAGAAACCGUGGCAAAUGCAUAACAGAAAAGUACAAAAAAAUUGUAUCUUCACUUCUACACUGUCCUCUAAAUUUCUUUUAAUGUGAUUGUUUGAGAUGUCUAAUGUUUGACAUAUAUUGAAUUUUUAUCUUUUCUGCAUUUGGGGAUAAAUAUAAUGUAAUACGUAAAAUUAAUUUAUCUAUAUUUUUAAAGUCAGAGCAUGAGCAUAAAAAGAAUUUGUGUUUUUGUAUUUUGUAAGUGAUAUACUGAGUGAUAAUUUUUCAUCUGAAGCAUGAAUUGUGGUGUAAAGAUGCAUGUAAAAUUAUGAAUUCUUUUUUAACAUAUAAAAUAGGCCUUCUUGUGCCUUGUAGUAUAUUUAUUCAUUAGUUCCUUUUAGUAUAUUCAUUGUAUAAUGAAGUGUGGUUACUGAGUGCAAAAAAUAGUACAUUUUAAUAUGGAUCUUUAGUGUGAUCAUAAAUUUAGCAAAAUUUGAGUAAAAUGUUUUUGAUGAGAUCUUAUUCUUUAUAUUAUAUGUGAGAAAACUAUAUAUUUUUAUUGUAUGUAAUUUUUUCAAAGGCUAUUAAAAUGUCAAACUAAACCCUU